AUGCGUCUGCGACAUCUAAUAUGUUGCGCGAUCGUCCUCCCACCAUUGUUAUUACUCGUUCUCGCCGGAACUAACCCUUCCGACUCGUCUUCCAUUACUCCAAUCAACUGGGAUCUCUACCACCCUAGUGAUGAUUUAAUGGAGCAGAUACAUUCUUUGGUACAUCGGCAUCCAGAUAAGCUUUCGAUUGAGAUGAUUAAAUCUGGAAACAAGGGCUACAAUGCCGCGGUGAACGUUGUUACUUACUGUCGGGGUGGAAGCGAGAGUGAUGAUAGGUCAAACUUUAGAAUCCUUCUUACUUUUGGGCAGCAUGGGAGAGAGCUUAUUACCUCUGAACUUGCCUUUCGGAUUUUGUCGAUUUUGAGCGAAGAACAGUUCUUACCAAUGAAGAACGGAGCAACUCUGAACAGCACCCUAGACAAGCUAGUCAUUAAGCUGGUUCCUAUAGAAAACUCUAAUGGUCGUAAACGUGUUGAAGCUGGAGAUCUUUGUGAACGCAGAAACGGGCGUGGAGUUGACCUGAACCGAAAUUGGGGCGUUGAUUGGGGCAAGAAAGAAAAGGAUUAUGAUCCAUCUGAAGAGAAUCCAGGAACUACUCCGUUUAGUGAACCUGAAACUCAAAUAAUGCGGAAGCUAGCUAUAUCAUUUGAUCCUCACAUAUGGAUAAACGUGCAUUCUGGAAUGGAGGCCCUAUUUAUGCCAUAUGAUCACAAAAACAUAACCCCAGAAGGAUUGCCUACGCAAAAGAUGAGGACCUUACUUGAACAAGUGAAUAAAGUUCAUUGCCAAAACCGCUGCAUGAUUGGAUCUGGCGGAGGCUCUGUUGGGUAUCUGGCACAUGGUACAGCUACAGAUUAUAUCUAUGAUGUUGUAAGGACACCAAUGGCUUUUACCUUUGAGAUCUUUGGAGACAACCAGACUUCUUCAAGAGAUUGCUUUAAAAUGUUCAACCCUGUUGAUCUACCCAGUUUCAAGAGAGUUCUCAAUGACUGGUCUGCUGCAUUCUUCACAAUAUUCAAACUGGGACCGCUCUAUUUAGACGAAAACAGUACCAAUGCUGCAGAUAAAUGGGUGUCCAUAGACGAGUAUUUGGACGGCUAUUUGGUGGAAAGGAAGAACAGAUACGGGAAGAACAUGGAAGUGAUCGAUGUCGGAAUGCAGGAGAUAAAAACUUACUUCAGGCUCUUCUUGUUGUCCUCGGUACUUUUGAUGUUCAUGUUCUGUUCCAGGAUUGCCAAGAGCAAGUAUAGUAGAAACUCCACACCUAUCAUGCCAUGA